AAGAAGUUGAUGUGCUACAAAAUCUCUACAAGGUCAAGUGCGAAGAACGGCCUUGAGUAUUGAAAUAGGUCUGGACGUAGUUAAGGCAUUUGCUUAACGGGCUUCCUUAUCUAGUAGCAGUGGGUCAACGGUGUCUUCAGAUGGGUUUAACUAAAAAAAUCACGUCUCCAGCUGAUGUACGUCAGUGGACUUCUUCCAUCGCUUCUAAUGAGAUUCUUAACCUAAUAAACAGUGUUAAUAGUAAAUUGGUCUCUCGUUCGAUCCAGGAUAAUUUAAAAUCUUCUAAGGUGUUUUGGAAGUUACUAUUAUAAAAGUAACUAUUUUAGGCCAUAAUGUUGGUGUAUGAAGUGCUUGACAAGUUGCAGCAAGCAAUCGAAGAUUACCCACCUGAGGAGCAACCACAGAGAUUUGGAAAUAAAGCAUUUAGACGAUGGUUUACAUGGUUACAAGAGAAUGCCAUCGAAAUUUGUUCCACUAUUUUUCAUGAUCACGGUACUACAGAUUUCACUGAUCCACCAAUAUCAUAUACCGAAGCAGUUAACGAAGUUUCUGGUUAUCUGGUUGAAUCAUUUGGAAAUUCAACACGUAUUGAUUAUGGAACUGGUCAUGAAUUGGCUUUCUUAGCGUUUUUAACUUGUCUUUUCAAACUGAACAUUCUAAAAAAACAAACUGAUUCUGAUGCAUCAACUAUAAAUGAUCUUCUAGCUGUUGGGCUUGUUAUAAUGCCAAAGUAUUUAGUAUUAGUUCGUUUGUUACAAACGACAUAUCGUAUGGAGCCAGCUGGCUCUCAUGGUGUAUGGUGUUUGGAUGAUUUUCAAUUUGUUCCUUUCAUUUGGGGCAGUAGUCAAUUGAUUGGCAGUCAGUACGAUCCUACCGUGAUAAGAGAUCGUAAUAUUGUUGAAUUGGAGAAAGAUAAAUACCUUUUAUUUUCAUGUAUUGCUUAUAUUCAUCAUUGUAAAACUGGUCCAUUUGAAGAACAUUCACAUACAUUGUAUGGAAUUAGUGAAGUACCGAAAUGGGAAAAAGUUAAUUCUGGUUUAAUUAAAAUGUAUAAAGGUGAAGUUUUAGAAAAAUUUCCAGUCGUUCAACAUUUCCUAUUCGGUAGUUUAUUGUCAUUUGAUAAAGUACAAAAUAAUAAACCUUUGGGUAUUGGAAUAAAUGUUGGUGGAGGUUUUAGUCAACGAGGAUCUAUUCCUUCAAAUAUUGAUCCAUUUGUAAAACCAAUUUCGCCGACAAUUCAGCAAUCAAAUGAACACGGUGAAAAAUCGUAGAGUUACGAAUUAAAAGUCGAUGGAUUACAAUAAAUAUUAUUCCAUAUAUAAUGACAAACUCGACUUUUCUUACUUAAGUCUUAGUCUUUUUCAUGUAUUGCUUAGCAAGUUUUGAUGGAUUUUAUCUUGUUAAGAGAAUUGACCAUGUAUAUAGAGGUUUACAAUAACCAUAACUUUUAACGUUGGCUUUUUUUUGUUUUGCUCAUAGACGGCUUCGUGUGGCGCGUAUAUAUCUGGUGCCCUCUUGUACCAAUGUAUGUUUAAAUAAAUAAAUAAAUAAAUAAAGACGGCUUCGUAGUACAGAUUUAAAAUUGAUGAUAGACAACGUAGGAUCUGACAUGAGUGUGUAUCGGCUCGAGCUGCUACACAUCAAAUGAGCAUAAGUUAGAAAAUUAACAAAAUGAAAGGUAGAUGAAGGCAAAUAAUAACAAUGCCCGAGUGAUAUCACGGAAUAUAAGUAUAGAAAAACAUUAAGCUUAUUGCUUUUUUCAGGAAGUUAAAUACUGAAUACAACUGCGAUCGAUUUCAGGACAUGCUACUUUAUGUCUUAAACUAUAGGUUAUGACUAAUAAUUCGUUCUAAACCUGGGAGUCUGAAUCACCCCACGUGGCUCAAACCAAUAGUUUGUGGUAAAUAUAUUUUUG